AUGGCAAGGGGCAUGACAACAGUCCGGUCACGCACCCAACCUAAGGAGGCCAUCUCCUUUCCUGUUUUGACCUAUACCGAUGCCUUGCCACGGGACGACCUUUUCUCUCUUGAGGCCUCACAGCGUCCAGCUCAGCCCAUGGUUGGCCAGUGGGAUUUCAGCCAGCCCUCUGCGGGAGACGGGUGGCUAAAAAAGCCACCAUCGGGCCAAGGUGCAACUUUCGACUUUCGCAUAACCGCACCACCAGAUGAAGCCAUUCAGACUGACCAUGCCCAAACCGAGCAACACAUGAUUGGCAUUGCGCUGGGCAGUCCCGGCAUGUUAACCAAAGAUGAGCCCCUACCACCACCCAGAUUUGAUACAUUCAUUAUCGCGGAAAGAGACUCAGCCCAUAAGCCCAGCAAGUGGAAGAAGAUCGGCGGAUUCUUCAAGGCAAAGAAUGCGCCUACAUCGAUCCCGGAUGGCGCACAAGAAAGCGUGGUCAAGCCACACAGCAACAACUAUAAGCUACCAGAGAAACCACCGAAAGCAAGACUGAGAAAGAACUCGACGGAGGAGUGGCCGAAGUUUGAGGUCGAACCCAGAAAGAUGCCUGGUCGAAGCGAUCAAACUCCCCAGCGGAGUCGCAAUUUUUCACUCGGCAACAAGCCAACCAAAGAUGAAUCAAGUACCCAUGGUCUCUUACUUAGUGUCGAAAUCCCGGAUAUUCAGAUGGAGCGGUACAGUGUCAUGUUCAGCGAUGUCGUCAACAAGAACCAAAAACCCUCACUGCUGGCCAGAAGGGCCAAGACAUUGGACAAUCUUCUUGUACCAGACGCAAAUGACUUCCUCAAGCCAGCACCACCCCCAGUGCCCCAACGCCGCCGGGCAACAUCACCAGCGCGGUCAGACUUUACUUUAUUCCCAACUUCACACCCUUCGAAAGCGGCUCAGAUACUCGGCACUCAGAAUUUCUCUCGUGGACCAAACCCAUUGAUAAGAGCAAACACACUCCCUAUCGAAAGCCCAUCAAGGAUGCCUGCGCCACAGCUUCGUUACGGUUCAAAUAUGGACAGCGUCUCAUCGUUCGAGUCACCUGUCAUUCCGAAGCUUUUCUCCGAGCGUUCCAAUACCCCGCAGUCCUCUAGUAGCUACGAUAAACCUCUUCCUGCUAUCAAGCCGGAACCACAGACAAUUCAAUCACAGAAGAUUUCUCAACCGGAAAAGAACACCCUAUCCCCGCAGAAGACCCGACCACAACAGAGUGUGCAACCACACAAUGUUGUUGUAACAAAGCCGGUCGCUCAGCCCUGGGUUCAUCCACAUCCGAGGAAAGAUUCCCUGCCGCGAGCCAUAGAGAAACAGUCUCAGGUUACUUCACCGCAACAUCAGCCAAAUAUGACGUCGAGCCAACAAAGAACCAACGACUCAGUGCGACCACGUCUCAGAGUUCAAACAGAAGACCGACCGCAACCACCCGCGAAAGACACACUAUCUAGCAGUCCGUCCCGAAGCUCUCCUUCAGCAUUAAACCCUACCCAGGACAAGAUUGACCGAAUCAUGUCUCCAUUAUCAGCAUCAACCGGUCCUAAAUCUGGCGCAUCGCCAGCAGAUUCUAUGCGCAUGCCAUUCGUCGAUGCCGCUGAGACACUCGAUGCCGCUGAACAGACGCCUGCACCCGAGUCCCGACAGCCUAUCCCACGGGUUGAGGUCUCAAUAGCACGCACUGUCUCUGUCUCACGGGCAAAGCAGCAGGUUCUGGUUCCCAUCGGCAUGAGGAUCGAUCAUUUAACCCCGGAGGAGCGGGUUGUGCAGAGAAGACCUCUGACACCGCAGAUUACAGAUGCUCACCGGGGACAUCGGGCUGGUGUCUCGCAGGAGUUGCAGAUAGAGUGUCUGUGA